AGGAGGGUCCAGCACUUGGUAAUCAGCAGGAAUUUCCAGGAGGGAAAAAAGUUGACAGGAGGAGUCUGGAAGUCAGUGCCUGUUUAACUUGGUCUGAAUGUGAAAAAAAUUUCUUUCCCUCACACAAUACACUACAGCCCUGCUGCUUCUCCUGCUGCUGCUGCUGACUGCCUGACACAGAACUAUAAGGGGGAUUUUGCUUUCUGCUGAGGGGUGGAAGGCUGGAAAACAUCUGGAAGCUGUGAAGAAGUCAUCCUAGAAAAAAACAGAGUGCCAAGAAUAUUCCCUUCAGAGAAACAAGGAAAGAAGGAAAAAAACAAGAAAACUUAAAUUUCACUUUUCUGCCAGGUGUAUGGGACAUAGAUAAUUGAAAAUCUGCACUGAAUUGUUAAAGGUAAACUAUGACCACUUUACUAUUAGUGUUCGUUUGCUUGCGGGUCAUCGCUGCAGCGAUAUCCGUAGAAGUUUCAGACCAUCACAACGCACUGAGCGUGAUUAUACCUGUAGAAGCUCCACUGAAAGUCCAGCUUGGACAUUCCCUUACCAUCCCUUGUUUCUUCAUAAAUGCUUUGGAAGAUGUGACUGUGGCUCCCUCAACAGCACCCUUAACACCAAGGAUCAAGUGGAGCAAACAUGUCAAAGGAAAGGAAACCGUCCUGCUGGUAGCCACAGAUGGACAUGUUCGUGUAAAUGACAUCUACCAAGGCCGUGUCUCUAUGCCCACCUACCCACUUGCCCCUACAGAUGUCAGCCUGGAAAUUUCCAACAUACUGUCUAAUGAUUCAGGAAUCUACCGCUGUGAAGUGAUGCAUGGGAUAGAAGACAGCCAAGCUACAGUAGAGGUUAAUGUGAAAGGUGUCGUUUUCCACUACAGAGCAAUCUCGACCAGAUAUACUUUGGACUUUGAAAAUGCCAAAAAAGCCUGCAUACAAAACAGUGCCACCAUUGCCACCCCCGAGCAGCUCCAGGCAGCAUAUGAUGAUGGUUACCACCAAUGUGAUGCUGGGUGGCUUUCCGACCAGACCGUUCGUUAUCCAAUUCAUAAUCCACGUGAAGCCUGCUACGGAGACAAGGACAUGUUUCCAGGAGUGAGAACAUAUGGAGUUCGCGAAACAGAUGAAACAUAUGAUGUGUAUUGCUAUGUUGAGGAUAUGCAGGGUGAAGUGUUUUAUGCAACAUCUCCUGAAAAGUUCACCUUUGAUGAAGCAGAAAAGCAAUGUAAGAGCCUUGGUGCCAGAUUGGCCACAACUGGAGAGCUCUAUGUGGCAUGGAAAAGUGGAAUGGAUAUGUGCAGUGCGGGUUGGUUGGGAGACCGCAGUGUUAGGUACCCCAUAUCCUUUGCUCGGCCAAACUGUGGUGGAAAUUUAGUAGGCGUAAGAACAGUUUAUCUCCACCCCACCAACCAGACUGGAUAUCCUAAUCCACUAUCUCGGUAUGAUGCUAUCUGCUACAAAGCUGGACCAGAUGAGGAAAUCACUAUUCAAACCAUUACACAGCCAAGUUUAGAGAUCAUCCUUCCCCGUAAUGAGACAGAAGAGGAGGCUCGUGGCAGUAUUGCUUCUCUUGAACCAACAGACUUUACCCUUACACCUACUGAUUUUGAGGAAUUUUUCACAGCAACCCCUGAGCUUGUGCUAACAGAAGGGCCAUUUGAAAAUGUCACAGAAGAAGUAUUUCCCCUUGAAAAUAUUACAGCAUCACUCCAAACAGAAGCCCCUGGUACAGCAGAUGUGACAUUCUCUGAGGGUCCAGAGUUUAAUGCAACAACAUCUUUAGGAGAGCAAAUAGUUCCUGCAACAGCUGCUCCUGCUGAAGCUGGGCCAGAAAAAGACAUUUCUAAGACUGGUGUUGUCUUUCAUUACCGAGCUGCUUCCAGUCGAUAUUCCCUUAACUUCACCGAGGCUAAACAGGCAUGUCUGGACAACAAUGCUAUCAUUGCAAGCCCUGCUCAGCUCCAGGCUGCCUAUGAAGCUGGAUUUGAUCAAUGUGAUGCUGGAUGGAUAUCAGACCAAACUGUCAGAUACCCAAUAGUCACUCCAAGAGAAAACUGUCAUGGAGACAAGAAUGGAUUUCCUGGGGUUAGAAAUUAUGGAGUGGUAAACCCAAAUGCACAUUUUGAUGUGUACUGCUACAUUGAUAAACUUCAUGGAGAGGUGUUUUUUGCCACUCAACCAGACCAGUUUACUUUCCAAGAAGCAAAAGAAUUUUGUGAUGGACAAAAUGCCUCAUUGGCCUCCACUGGACAGCUCUAUAUGGCCUGGAGGUUGGGGUUGGACAAGUGUAGAGCAGGCUGGUUGUCAGAUGGAAGUGUCCGCUACCCCGUUGUGACACCUCGCAGAGCCUGUGGAGGAGACGUACCUGGAGUGCGGACAGUCUACAUUCAUCCUAAUCAAACAGGAUUCCCUGAUCCUCUGUCAAAAUACCACGCCUUUUGUUUCCGAGAAGAGAUUCCAGGUUUUCCAUCAAUUGAGGAGGAGCUUAUUGUGCCUGAGGUAGUCCCAGAAGUAGAGAAAUUACCUUCUGGAGAAGGACCAACUUCCGAAAUUGAGACUGUGACUGAAUUUGAAAAUCAGACAGAUAUGUGGCUGGCAAAUGUCACUGUAAUUCCUACUAUUGAUUCAUCAGUAACAGUCAGUCCUUCAGUUGUUCCAAUUGUGAGCCCAGAUCCAGAAGAUAUAAGUGGAGAGACAUCAGCAAUAGGCAGUGGAGUAAGUGGAGAACUAUCUGGAUUGCCAUCUGGAGUAUCUAGUGGAGAUGUGUCUGGUGCUGAUCUAAGUGGACAACCAUCAGGAGCUGAAGAAAGUGGAUUUCCAUCUGGCACUGACAUUUCUGGAGUGAGUGGACUGCCAUCUGGUGACAUAUCUGGUGACAUAUCAGGUGAACCUGAUAUUAGUGGACUGCCAUCUGGAUUUCCUUCAGGAGUUGAAGACAUAUCAGGUCAAGGUUCUGGAGUUCCAGAUAUAAGUGGGUUGUCUUCUGUACCAAUUGAAACAAGUGGUCUCCCUUCUGGAGAGCCAUCUGGAGAUGAGAUAAUUAGUGGUUCAGCUUCUGGAAUUGAGAUAAUUAGUGGCCUUUUUUCUGGUACAGAAGAUUUCAGUGGCAUUGCCUCAGGCUUCCCAACAAUUACACAUGUAGAUACAACUUGGGAAGAAGCUGUUACAAAACCAACAGAAACUGAACUAGAAGGAAAGGGAGAAAUUGAAUUAAGUGCAUCAGGAAUAGAAUUAAGUGGAGAUCUUUCUGGCUUAGAGCCCAGUGGAGAGGUCUCUGGAUUUGACCUUAGUGGGGUUACUUCAUCAGUAGUAGAAAGCAGUGGAGAUCUCUCUGGAAUUAUUUCUAGUGGUGAUAUUAGUGGAGAGCCAUCAGGUAUAAUUGAUUUGAGUGGUGAAGUGUCAGGAGUAACUGAUAUUAGUGGAGAUUUGUCAGGAUUAAAGGAUUUUAGUGGUGAGACAUCAGGAAUAUUGGAUUUUAGUGGUGAGCUAUCUGGCCUAAGUGGAGAAUCAUCAGGAAUUAUUUCUGUAAGUGGUGGAUUUUCUGGAGAUAUAGAUUUUAGUGGGGAGAUUUCUGGAGUAAGAGAGAUUAGUGGGGAGAUUUCUGGAGUAAGAGAGAUUAGUGGGGAGAUUUCUGGAGUAAGAGAGAUUAGUGGGGAGCUUUCUGGAGUUCCUGACAUCAGUGGCUCGGCCUCCGGUAUCUUAGAGAUACCAUCAGGUGUUUUUCUUAUUGACCAAGCUUUGACAGAACUCUCUCAGCCAUCAACAAAAGAAGAGGAAGGAAAAGGGUCUGUUGGAAUAAGUGGCUUUUAUUCAGGAGAUGUUGACAGCUCUGGAGACAUAUCUGGCAUCUUGGAUGUCAGUGGUGGACCUUCAGGUUUUAUAGACAUUAGUGGUUUUGUUUCAGGGGCUGUUCCUAGUGGUGAUAUAGAUAUUAGUGGUGUAUCAGACAUAAGUGGUGCAACAUCUGGAGUUGAAUAUGUUAGUGGCUUACAAUCUGGAUUUGAUGAUCUAAGUGGAGUCCCUACUGUUUCUCAUAUUGAUUUCACAUUAAAAGAGCCACCAACUCAAGGUCCUGAUACUCAAGAAGCAGGAGAAGGUCCAUCAGUAAUACUUGAGAUCAGUGGAAUAUCUGGAGAAUCUUUGCCAUCAGGAACUCAUGAAGGCAGUCUAGAAAGUUCAGGCAUAUAUACAUCAGGAUUUUCUCAAGUCACACUUGUUACUGAUGAUACUGUAGAAGCCAUCACAAAACCAGCAGUUUCACAAGAGCUAGGUGGUGUUACUUUUGCAUACCCAAUAGAAACAUCAGCAUCUGGUGAUAUUAGCACCGAGGCAUCUGCAACUCAUGAAACCAGUGGAAAACAAGAAACAUCUCUAGAAGGAAGCACUGAACCAAGCUCUGGACAGCUGACAUUUUUGCCACCAGAAAUAUCUGAAACAUCAGAAUCUGAAAUAACUCAUUCUCCUGAGGAAGCACAACAGGAAACAGAAUUAGUUACUUCAGUUGAACUGGGUGAAGUAACAGAUGAACCCACGAUUGAAGCAGCCAGUCCUUCAAGUCUAAUUGCAACUGAGUCUGAAGGAAUAAUUGGAUCAUGUGCUGAUCAACCCUGCGGAGCUGGAACAUGUACAGAAAAGGAAGGAAGAAUAUACUGUGCCUGCCUGCCAGGCUAUGGUGGAGAACUUUGUAAUAUAGACAUUGAUGAGUGCCACUCAAGCCCCUGUGUGAAUGGAGCUACCUGCGUUGAUGGCAUCGACUCAUUCAAAUGCUUAUGCCUUCCCAGCUACGGAGGGGACCUAUGUCAGAUCGAUCUAGAGGUGUGUGAGGAUGGAUGGACCAAGUUCCAGGGUCACUGCUACAAACACUUUUCAGAGAGAGAAACUUGGGUGGAUGCAGAAAACGUCUGUCGGUAUCACCAGUCCCAUCUAGCGAGCAUUCUCACACCUGAAGAGCAAGAAUUUGUGAAUGGUAACGCUCAGGACUAUCAAUGGAUUGGGCUGAAUGAUAAGACAAUUGAAAAUGAUUUCCGCUGGUCAGAUGCAAACCCCUUGCAAUAUGAAAACUGGAGGCCAAACCAACCAGAUAACUUCUUCACCACGGGAGAAGAUUGUGUUGUUAUGAUCUGGCAUGAACGAGGAGAAUGGAAUGAUGUUCCCUGUAACUACCACCUGCCAUUUACAUGCAAAAAGGGAACAGUGGCUUGUGGUGAUCCUCCAGCAGUGCAAAACGCCUACACACUAGGAAAAAAGAAAGCACGUUAUGAAAUCAGCUCCUUAGUGCGGUAUCAAUGUAACCAAGGCUACCUACAACGCCAUGUUCCUAUAAUCCGAUGUCUACCAACUGGGCACUGGGAUGAGCCCAGGAUACAGUGCAUAGAUCUUACCACUUACAGACGACACAAGAGAAACCCCAGAAGUCGGUCGAGAGCAAUUGCCACAUCUGAACAGGGAAAGGCCCAUUAAAAAGGAAAUAGACAAAAAAAAGAAUAUUGUAAAGAACAUUUAUAUUAACUAUGUCAAUUUCAAUUUGUUUGUCAUGUAAGGAGUUUAUAUUCAAGAAAAUCCCAAGUUGUAUAUAAAAAAACACCAAAGCAAAUUAGGUUUCAACAAUUUUACUAAUGGUCUGAGAAGGGCCUUUGUGAGUGCCCAUGUCGUGCCAUUAUUCAGAGGGUUUUAAGAAAGGUAGAGUGGCUUUGAGUGGGAAUAGAAGGGCAACAUAGUGCCAUAAAGACUAUUUUCCCAUUGUCUUGAUUAACUAUAAUGUGAGUAUAAUGUGAUAUUUUUAUUAUUUAAACUCCAGGCUGGCCGAAUAAUAAUAAUAAUAAAAAAAAAUAUAAAUAUAUUAAAUGUUACAAACACAUUGCACGCCAAGAACCUUGAAUAAAUAAUUGUGAACUGUUGCUGAAUGUAUCUCCAGUGUGAGAGGACAAAGGGGUGGGUGGAAGGGUAUUAGGAGAAAGCAUUGUCCACAAGGACUUUUUAUUAAAAGGAAACUGAUUUAGGAACAGCUGUCACAAUAUGUUCUUACACUUGCUACCAUUAUAAUCCCCUUCUAUCAUUGUAUGUACACAUGUUUUUUUUUUCUUUGCAUUCUGCUGUUUAGAAGCGCAGUCGUAUAUGGAUUACAGGAGGCAGUUAUUAGGUAGGCAAAGCAUUAAUGCAGUAGCUGUAGCAGGUUUAUGUAGGACUCUAAAUGGAAUCAAAGGAGCAACUCCUGCUUCUGCCUGCUUUCAAAAGGCACCUCCAUGUUUAUGAAUUUGGCACAUCAGGCAUGCAGAAAGCACUUGUGUGUACAUACAUAGGCCUAGACAUAGCCCUUUUUUCAUCAGUGGAAAGGCUUAUAAAUAAAGCUAUAAAUGUAAUUUAUAUGAAAAGUAUCUUCUUACUUAGGAUUUCCCUUUUAGGAUUAUGUUUAUAUAUCUUUUACAGUUUGUUCUUAGGGAACACUAAGGGCAACAUCACAUUGUCACCCAUGGGCAAUUGCCUUUCCUAGCAUAGGAAGCGGCUGCUGCUGGUGCUCACAUCACCUCGGGCACCACACUUCUUAAUGUUUUUAGGCAAUGGCGUACAUUAAACCUACUCUGGAAUGUUUGCACGCAAUAGUACUAUAUCUGCCCUUAGACUGACAGUUUCACAUAGUUCUCCUACUAGUUAUAACAUUUGUUUGUAAAAUGAGCAUUGGAUAUAUUUUUAUAUUUUAUUAAAAUAGUUUUUGAAAAUACCAAAUAAUGUUUGAGAAGCCUGGUGUCUGUGAAUUUUUUCCAAAAGGCUUAACAUUUGUAGAACAAAAUCAUUUUCUGGUAUACAAAAAUGCCAAGCUUUCCAAACAUUAAUUUGCUGCUCAAAAGACUUUUUUCUACAGAAUCCUGUCCUAUUGCCUCAUAUAGGCUUCUAUAAAUAAUUGGAAUCUCUUGGCUAUCCUAUCCAAUGUUCUAAAGCAGAGAAUGCUAUAAACAUUCCCAAACACUAUGGGGCCGAUUUAUUGUUCCCUGAUAUAUUUUUAAGCAGUAAUGAUAGCUACUAUCCUUUGAAAAAAUGUAAGCAUUCCUAUCUAAUAUUUUACAUCUGCAUUGGAACUAUACAUUUCAAAUAAUUCAAACUGCAUUUUAGUAUUUAAAUGUGUUUGUUAAAAAACUUUACUCAAACGUUUGAUAAUAUUGAACUUGAAUUGAAUUUGUAACUGUUCCUAGUUGAGUUGAACUUUGUUUCAUUAACACUGAUUUGUAAAGGCUCUGAUUCUGGUUCUGCUCAGUUCUGCCCACCUCAAAGUUGACUUUGGCCUCAAUACCCAAUAAAUGUACCUAAAUACCCUUUUUAUUCUGGCGUGCCCUUAUAAAGCAUAAAUGUUGAGCAAAUGGGAAAUUUUAUGUGACUGUUACAAUGCCCUUCCAAUGUUCUACCAGAUAUAUUUGUGCUCUCUUUAAGCCUUUUUGACCCAAAACCUGCAGAUUUGUGUUUUCAAAAUGAUACUUUAGACUCAGAACCAACAGGACCUGUGAGUUUGUAUCAUGCAGCUUUCUACAAUUAAAAUGUCCAAGUGUUUGAAGAACACAUUGCUGUGACUUCUUGUGGUCAUGUUGAAUGAAGAACUGAGAAUACCACAUAUCCACCAGUUAUCUGCUUCCCCUGCACCUCCAGCAGCACCCAAGUCUCUUGUUUAGUAGUUCCAUUUUAUCACCACCCCAAUGUAGGACAGAGACGAAAUGCUUUCAUGUCCCAUUUGCUCUCCGGGGACCGUGCAGUGCAUGAUGUUUCCGUGCACCUAUUUAUAUUAAAAGAAUAACUUUAUUAAAAAUAACAAUUGGAGCACUAAUUGUUUUUAUUUUUUAUUUAAAUUAAGUUGCAAUAGAUUUCAAGACUUUUGAAAGCGCUUCUGUGUUUAAUAUCAUGUUCCACAACCUCUAUAUCUUUUUUAUUGUAAAAAAGAAAAUGAAUAUUUUAUUAAAAACAUGUGCAUAGAGAGAAGGCAAAAGAAAGAAUGUUUCUAACACCCCCCCAAAAAUUGUGAUACAUGUAUAAUAAAAUGCGAACUUGUUGUAUUUUAUUUUUA